UGAGCCGCCGUGGAAGAGCGUUUAAUUCUGGCACCAGCUGGUUAUCGUACCCGGAUUGCUCACCUGCAUCUGCCCCUCAUGAAGCAAACAGACGCCAUCUCCCCUGCGGUGGCCGCGCUGGAAAAGGCCGAGAACGCACAACAGCAUCCCACGAAAGGCUCAUAUCCGCCGAUAUCUUCUAUUCCGAACACCUCGCCCGAGCGCCUCGCGCAAGCCGCCGAAGAUGCCCCCAAAGAUGUCGCGCAAGCUGCCAAGACCGUCCUUUACCUCGCCUACGGCUCCAACAUGUCGGCGGAAACAUUCUUGGGGAAGCGAAAGAUACGGCCUCUGUCUCAGAUGAAUGUCUCCGUCCCGAUCCUGCGACUGACGUUUGACCUGCCCGGGCUACCCUACCGAGAGCCGUGUUUUGCGAAUGUCGGAUACCGAAAACUCCCUGAAAAGCCCAAGCUGCCCGACCCCCUUCACCCACCAAUCGUCCCGCCGCUGAACCCGCCGCUGAACCCGCCAAGGACGGAGCAGGAGUGGGAUGGUGGCCUCAUGGGAGUCGUAUACGAAGUGACGCAGGAGGAUUGGCGAAAUAUUAUGAGGACCGAAGGCGGUGGCUCAGGCUACCAGGAAAUCAUGGUUCCGUGUCUGCCAAUGCCCAACUAUGUUGGCAUCCCCGAGAAGCCAGUGUUUCCUCCGGUGCCCACGCUGCCAAAGCCUUUCCUCGCAACAACGCUCUAUGCGCCUUACAUCCCGCUCGAUCCAGGCUCAGACAAGAAAAACUGGUGGACCAGAUUCAUCGUUGGCCCUCAUAGGCCAAAGCCCGACUAUGCCCAGCCGAGCGCCCGAUAUCUGAAGCUCUUGCAAGACGGUGCACGAGAGCACGAUCUUCCUCAAGUCUACCAAGACUAUCUGGCCUCGAUGCAGCCAUACACCGCGACGACGCUCCGGCAGAAGAUUGGACAGAACCUAUUCGUCCUCCUCUGGGCACCGAUGAUGCUAUAUUUCUUCGCCAUGACGACCGUUUUGGCAGACGAGAGGGGCAAGGUCCCGCGGUGGUGCGCGAACACGAUAUCGGGCCUGUUUAGCGUCAUGUGGUAUAGCUACGACAAGCUAUUCAUCUUCAUCUUCGGCGAUGGCGAGCGAACGGCGGAUUCGAAGCAGGACUCGAAGAGGCGAAAGUCGAUUUCGGUCGGAACAGACGAGGAAAAGGUUUCAUUGAUGCAGGAGGGCGAAGAAGAGUGAAAAGAGGGGAUUUUUGUUUUGUUGGGUUUUUGGGUUUUUGUUUGUCUGACACUGGCGCUGACGUUAGCUGCCUUGUAUCAUUGCUUCAGCGAAGAGCGAGUUUGCCGCCAUUUUGUCUCGUAUUGCAUUAGUGCUUUCAUACUGGGUACAUGGAGGCUGAUCUACGGAGUACGAGUACUUCCAGCAACCAUGCUACCACUUUAGUACCUAUCAUUAUCAUCUUCG